AUGGUCAGAACAAAGACGCCUCAGCCGAAUCCAGUCCAAGUGGAGACGAUACAAUUGGGAGUCUGGAAGGUUCUCCUGGCAAAGAAUGCUGUGAACUCUCUGGAUUUCUCGAAGCAGUGGAAUAGUCUCACCUCGUCAUUUCCUUUUCUCAAACGCCUUAUCGUCGACAUGUAUACUCUCGAUCCGUGGCUGUCAGUCUUAUACCUCCUAAGCAGGAUGUGGUGGGGUAUGGAAUCGGCUGUGUCUCUGUAUCUCUCGAGUCAUCUCUUGAAAACAAUUGAAGCCGGCUUACGCGAGGGAAAGCCCAACCCCAGCGCUAUACUGAAUGCGUUGCUAACUCAGGUGGUCGUUGUCAUCGCUUCCGUCACGGUGAGAUGGACAAUGUGA